CAAAAAUUUCUGAUCUUUCGCCGCUCAGCGUCUGAUCUUCUACCAGGCCUGCUUCUACAUUUCACCACUGUAGAAUCACCGCCAUGGACGAGCAACAGUUUGUUCAGCUGCUUCAGAGCCUGCUGCAGCCUGACACCGACGUUGUCAAGAACGCCACGGCCAGUCUGAACAAGAACUACUACAACUCGCCCGCCUCACUCAAUGCGCUGCUGCAGGUUCUAUGCGGGCACCCCGACAAGGGUCUGAAGCAGCUCGCCGCCGUCGAGGCCCGCAAGCUUGUUAUCAAGCACUGGAUUUCGCUGCCUGAGGACCAGAAGGUCUCUCUUCGCAACCAGCUGUUGCAGUUUACAUUGAACGAGGAGCAGAAACUGACAAGGCACUCUGCUGCUCGUGUUGUUGCUGCCAUCGCUGCGCAAGACUUCGAGGACGGACAAUGGGCCGACCUGCCCAGCCACUUGCACCAGGCCGCCACCAGCGGCACCGCACAGCACAGAGAGGUCGGGACAUUCAUCAUCUGGACAACACUCGAGCAGACUGGCGACUCCUUCCCCGGAAAGCCCGCCGAUCUGUACAGCUUGUUCAGCAAGACGAUCCAGGACCCGGAGAGUGCCGAUGUCAGGAUUAACACCCUCAUUGGUCUCAGCCGUAUGGCCAUGCUUCUUGAGCCUGAGGAGGACGCCAAGUCUUUGGCUGCUUUCCAGCAGGCCAUUCCUCAGAUGGUCGCUGUUCUGAAGCAGACCGUCGACGAGGGCGAUGAGGAGCACGCCAUGCAGGCCUUCGAAGUCUUCCAAACCCUUCUCGGCUGCGAGUCUGCUCUCCUGCAGAAGCACUUCGGAGAUCUUGUUAGGUUCAUGCUUGAGCUAUCCGCUUCCACCGAUGUUGAGGAGGACUAUCGUUCCCAGUCCCUUGCCUUCCUUAUGCAGUGUGUACGUUACAGGAAGCUCAAGGUCCAGGCUCUCAGGAUCGGUGAGGAGCUUACUCUGAAGGCUCUGCACAUUGUCACUGAGCUUGGUGAUCUCUCCAGCGAGGACGAAGAUGUCACACCCGCCCGCUCUGCCCUUGGACUGCUCGACAUCCUUGCCUCCAGCCUUCCUCCCAGUCAGGUCGUCAUCCCUCUCCUCAAGAACCUCGGCAACUACUUUUCCUCCCCAAACCCCGACUACCGCCAGGCCGGUAUUCUUGCUCUGGGUAUGUGCGUUGAGGGCGCUCCCGACUUCAUCGCCACUCAGCUCCACGAGAUCCUGCCAAUGGUCUACCACCUUCUCGAAGACCCCGAGCUCAAGGUCCGCGCUGCCGCUCUCAACGGUAUCGCUCGCCUGGCUGAUGACUUGGCCGAGGACGUUGGCAAAGAGCACGCUAAGCUCAUUCCUGCCAUGAUCAAGAACUUCGAUCUCGCUGUUCAGAAUGCGCCCAGUGCGGACGACGAGCGUACCCUGUCGAUCGUCCGUGGGACCUGCCACGCUAUUGACUCUCUCAUCGAGGGUCUCGAGUCUGAGGAUGCCGGCAGGUACGUUCCGGAGUUAGUGCCCCGCUUCAGCAAGCUCUUCCACCACGAAGACCUCAAGGUCAAGAGCGCUGCUAUCGGUGCCGUCGGCUCUAUUGCUUCCGCCGCUGAGAAGGCCUUCCUGCCUUUCUUCCAGCAGACUAUGCAUGAGCUGUCUCCUUACGUCCGCAUCAAGGACAGUCAGGACGAGCUUGACCUCCGUGGCGUCACAUGCGAUUCCAUGGGCAAGAUGGCAUCUGCCGUUGGCCCUGAGCCCUUUGAGCCUUACGUUCUGCCCUUGAUGGAGGCGUCGGAAGAGGCUCUCCACCUCGAUCAUCCUCGCCUCCGGGAGACCAGCUACAUUCUUUGGAGCACGAUGGCUAAGGUCUACGAGGAGGGCUUUGCCAAGUACCUUCCUGGUGCCGUCAAGGGCCUCAACGAGUGUCUUGCUCAGGACGAGACGGGCACUGACGUCGAGCUUGGUGAGCACGCCAGCGAGCUUGUUGGUCAGGAGGUCAUUAUCGAGGGUCAGAAGGUCAAGGUCAUGUCCGCCGGCGACGAUGACGACGAUGACUUUGAGGACCUGAAUGACGCCAUGGUUGAUGACGAUGACUGGGAUGACCUGGAGGGUGUCACCGCUGUCGCCAUGGAAAAGGAGAUUGCUGCUGAGGUCUUCGGCGACAUUAUCACCCACACACGCCGUCAGUACCUCCCCUACCUCGAGGAGACCGUCACUAAGCUCCUUGAGCUUGUCGACCACUCCUACGAGGGGAUCCGCAAGGCUGCUCUUGGCACACUCUGGCGCACCUUCGCUUGCCUCUUUGGCAUGGCGGAGGGCGAUGGCAUGGCUAAGUGGACUCCUGGCCUUCCUCUCAAGGUCGAGCCUCCUGCGGAGCUGAAGAAGCUUGGUAACCUUGUCAUGACUGCCACCAUGGCCUGUUGGCAGGACGAGAUGGACCGGGGCACUGUCACUGAUAUCAACCGCGAUGUCGCUGCCACUCUUAAACUCUGCGGUCCUGCCGUCUUGAUGAUGGAGUCCGGCACUGCUGUUCCUGACAUUUGCCAGCAGCUGCUUGCUGUCAUCACCAAGCGUCACCCUUGCCAGCAGGAUCUUGGUGAUGAGGGUGAGGAGAUUGACCUCGAUGAGUCCUCCGAGUACGAUUGGUUAGUCAUUGAGACCGCCAUGGAGGUCGUCACCUGCCUUGCUGUCGCUCUCGGCAGCCAGUUUACCGAGCUCUGGAAAAUGUUCGAGAAGCCGAUCAUGAAGUACGCCAGCAGUCAGGAGCCUACCGAGCGCAGCGCCGCUGUUGGUACCAUUGCUGAGUGCGUCGGUAACAUGGGCGAGGGCUGCACCCAGUACCAGAGCAGUCUGCUCAAGGUGUUGCUUCACCGUCUGUCCGACGAGGACGUCGACACCAAGUCCAACGCGGUCUACGGUAUGGGUCUCUUGGCCGAGAGCACUGCCAAUGAUGACGAGAUCGCCAAGAACCUGCCCACCAUCUUCUCCAAGAUCGAGCCUCUACUUGACGCCAAGGAUCAGCCACGCCUUCUGGACAACACAGCGGGCUGUGUCAGCCGCUUCAUCACGAAGCACACUGACAGGCUACCGGUUGCCGAGGUCUUGCCUCGCCUCGUCCAGCUCCUGCCUCUGCGCGAGGACUACGAAGAGAACAAGCCCAUCUUCGGCAUGUUCAUCAAGCUGUACCAGAGGAACGAGCCCACUGUUCAGCAGCUGACCCCCACCCUGAUGCCCAUCUUCGAGCAGGCAUUGAGCUCAGAGGACCAGCUGGAGGACGAGACACGCGCGCAGCUUACUGAGCUUGUUCAGUACCUGCGCAAGUAGGAUGUUUUGAUGAAUGUCAUGGAGCAAAAAGGAUGAAUAC